AGAUCAUGAAGUAAUACCAUGCUCCAAUAGGAUCACAAGUGUAUUAGACACCAUAGCCAUGCUAAGUAUAGAGUAAGGAAAUGCAGGGUUGCAAGACAAAGUUGAUAAAUAAGAACACACAAAAGCAAGAGGGCAAAAGCCACGCAGAUGCCAUGCAUACUCAGUGCCGACAAACAGACGCACACAGCAUCUUCCUUGACCACAUGAAGUCCACUUCUCCUCUCCAAAAGCCCCUCAUCCCAAUCCCUCCAAGUUCAACCGUUCCACCGACCACCGAACCACAGCCGCCUUCCGUGUCCAUUGAAGCACGCCAAAGCCCUUCUCCUUCCUUAAGUAGACCUAUUCAGACCGAUCUCUCGCGCAAAGAGGACCAAUCUAGAUACACGAAGUAGAAUAAAGGACGUUGUCAAGUUCAAUAUGAAGAAUCUUUUCCGCCAAGCCGUCUCAAAAGUCAUGAUUGAUUGAUGGUGUGCUGUAAGGGAUAUAAAAGUUGGGUAUCAGCGUAGGAUUCGUGAAUACUUUUUAAAAGCUAGUAACUCGUCA